AUGAAUAUUCAAAUCCAGCCAGCGGGCCAGGCUGCAAAUUCCAACUACUCAAGAGUCUCCAUAAACCGAACAUCCCUAGAAGACUUUAUCUUGGUUGGCUUCACAGAAGACAAGGAACUUCAAGUUGUCUUAUUUUGCAUAUUCUUUAUGUUUUUUCUCUUGAACAUCACCGGGAAUAUCUCCAUCCUGUGGUUUGUGACUUUUGAUUCCAGUCUCCAUACCCCCAUGUAUUUCUUCUUGGGGAACCUUUCCUUUUAUGAUAUUUCCUUUUCAUCUGUUGUAGUGCCAAAAAUGCUAUAUGACUUCUUGUCUCGGCAGAACACCAUCACGUUCGGCGGCUGCAUUGCUCAGAUGCAUUUCUUUCAUUUCCUGGGAAGCUCUGAAGUUACUUUGCUCACCAUUAUGUCUUAUGAUCGUCUGGUGGCCAUAAGUAACCCCUUACGGUAUUCAGUCAUAAUGAACAGAAAUCUUUGCCUUGGCCUUGUUGUCGGUUCUUAUAUCAUUGGCUUUCUUCAUUCUCUUUUGCAUACCUUGUUUACAGCAAAGCUUCCAUUUUGUGGACCCAACAGAGUCAACCAUUUUUUCUGUGAUGUUAAACCAGUAUUGAUAUUAGCCUGUUCAGAUAUUUCCGUCAAUCUGAAACUUCUCACCAUGGUCACUGGGUAUCUGGCAACCACAUCCUUCCUUCUCACCCUUUUUCCAAAUAUUUUGAUCAGUAAAUUUCUUCUGAAAAUACAAACAGUUCAAGGUCGGAAGCGAGCGUUCUCCACCUGUAGUGCCCACCUUAUGGUCGUCUCACUUCUCUUUGGGACGGCCAUGUUUACAUAUUUGGGACCCUCUUCUCAAGAUAUUUUAGAUCAGGACAGAGCUGCAGCGGUGCUGUUUACAGUAGUGACGCCUGCUCUAAACCCGGUUAUAUAUACGUUGCGUAACAAAGACAUGAAAAAAGCUAUGAAGAGGGUCAUUCAGAAGUGGCUGAAAAUAUAA